AUGGCCAUGUUUUCAUCGACUCCUCCUACUCACCUCACGACUCUCUCACCUCCUCAUGUAAAGAAGACCCAGAUAUUCUACAAGCCCGAAUUUUCUUUGAGACCCUCGAAAAAGCUUCAGUAUUUGGUACCCAUUUUUGCCAGUGCUGAUGAGGGGUCCGGAGUAGCUGCUUCUGUUUCAGGGGAGGAAGAGAAACCUUCUGAAAGUCCUGUGAGUGCUGGGGAGAAUCUAGGUUCUCAUGGGUCUCCUCCGCUGGUCGCCGCCGAAGCUCCGGCGCCAGCUACGGAGGAGGUGGUGGAGAGUGCGAAUAAAUUUCAGGACCCCAAAUGGGUUGGAGGGACUUGGGACUUGAAGCAGUUCGCGAAAGAUGGGAAGACCGAUUGGGACGCUGUUAUUGAUGCUGAAGUGAAAAGGAGAAAAAGGAUGGAAGAUAAUCCUCAAUCAUCAAGUAAUGAGGAUCCUAUCGCUUUUGACACUGCCAUAGUUCCAUGGUGGGCAUGGAUUAAAAGAUUCCAUCUUCCAGAAGCUGAAUUGCUCAAUGGUCGGGCUGCAAUGAUUGGCUUCUUCAUGGCGUACCUCGUUGAUAGUUUGACCGGGGUAGGUCUUGUAGAUCAAAUGGGCAACUUCUUCUGUAAAACACUGUUAUUCAUAGCUGUAGUGGGUGUUCUUCUGAUAAGAAAGAACGAGGAUAUUGAAACCCUUAAGAAAUUGCUGGAGGAGACGACAUUUUAUGAUAAGCAGUGGCAAGCAACUUGGCAGGAUGAGACGUCAACCAAGUCUGAUUAG